CAAAAGGUGUCAAAAAACUGAAACUUGCUCGUGUUUUCAAUCAAUUUCAAAAUUUCUAAACUGCUUAAAUCCUUGCAUGGUUACUGAGUACACUUCGAACAAAAUGGCGGCAGAAGUCAAAAUACAUCGCACAGUUUACAAGCUUUCAGUGCUGGUUUUAGGUCUGCUUGUCGCCGCCUCCGAGCCCAAAGAUUCCGGUCAGACCGGUCCUGGUGUAGCAGACGACAUAACACGUCAACAAGGGGAUAAUCAUGGCAAUAAUAUAGGACUGCAGGAUGUGGUAAUUAUCAUCCAGAGCCAGAAGUACAGCUACCACACAGAAAAGGCUCGCCAGCUCAGAGAAAACAUCAGGCAACAAGCUCAGGACAUUCAACAGGAGCCACCGACAGUUGUACUGUUGCAUGAGGAGUGGAAAGGCCGGGGGGCGUGGACCAUCCUUCCCUACCUUCCCAAAAUUUCCCAGACCUUUGGGCAGAGAGCAGCCUGGGUGUUCUUUUGUGAAGAUGACACAGCUGUGAAACUCCUGCCAUUGCUCGACAUUCUCAGGAAGUAUGAUGCUGAAAAGGAACUUUUUCUAGGCCAUGCUCUAGUAGACCAGGAAGCCACCAUUAUCCACCACUUUGUCUUCCACCAAAACCCUGGGUCCUUCUCUUACCCAGACUUUUCAGCAGGCUGGGCUCUCAGUGCCCCACUGCUCAAUAGGCUAGCAAAAAGAUGGUCUGAGGAAAGUCAUCAGAGUGAAUUCACCAUUGAUCUUAAACAUGAGAUAGCCAUGUACAUCUAUGACAGUGGGAAAGGAGUCAGACUUACAGAUGUGCCACAGUUCUGUGCAGGUCCACAAAAUGACAAUGUCAAGUGUGUAACAACUUUCCCUACCAAAUUGCCACAAUGUGGGGAUCCAGUGCCAGAGGAGACAGUUUUCUUUGCUGUAAAAACCUGUGAGAAAUAUCACAAAGACAGAGUGCCUGUUGUUAAGAAAACAUGGGGGAAGCAUGCCAGGCAUAUAACAUACUAUAGCGACAAGGAAGACUCUACCAUUCCAACAGUCACUACAGGGGUGCCAAACACAGAGAGAGGCCACUGUGGGAAAGUCUAUGCCAUUCUCAAAGAGUUUCACUCCAAGGAAAGUUUGAAGAAGAUGGAUUGGCUGGUCAUUGCUGAUGAUGACACCUUGUUAAGUGUGCCCAGAUUACUGGUUGUCCUCAGCUGCUAUGAUCCAACUGACCCCAUCUUCUUAGGAGAGCGGUAUGGCUAUGGACUGACACGAGGGGUAGACUCAGGCUAUGCCUAUAUAACAGGAGGAGGAGGAAUGGUACUGAGUAGAGCAGGUGUGACCAAACUGUUGCAGUCCAGCUGUGGUUGCCCUGCUGAUGACUCCCCAGAUGACAUGAUCCUGGGCAUGUGUUCGGAGGUAUCUGCAGGUGUCCAUGUGGUGCACAGUCAGCUGUUCCAUCAGGCUAGACCUGCAGACUAUUCCAAAGGGUACCUAUCCCAUCAGCCCCCUGUGUCCUUCCACAAGCACUGGAACACAGACCCUUACAAAGUGUAUAACAAGUACCUGCUGACAGAUAGCGAGGGGUACAAUCACACUGAGCUAUAGUGGGUUUAGGUUCUUGUAGAUUAAUUGAGUUUCGUUCAGAUGCAAUGAAAAAUUUAACCAAAUUUUCAGUGAUCUGAUUUGAUGCAAUUAACAUGGUUAGUGCAAUCGGACCUACUAACACAAUGUGCCUUAAAUUGGUUGAAUAGUGGCAGUUUUACCUGUUUUAUCUGCAAUAUCUGUGUGGUAGUUGUUGUUGGUAGUAUUUCUAUGUCGACUGUGAUAUUAAAACCCUGGCUACUUAGUGUUUUUUUCUUUCAGGGAAAGUUUUAGGCCAUAUGAAAGUCUUGCUUAGCUAUAGUAUUUCUUAGCUUAGACAGUGUAGGAGCUAAUACGGAUUUAUCUAUAUGCAAUUGUAAUGAAAGUUAUGAUUUUAAUUGGUUCUUGUGGAAGGUAGUUAAUUUAUACAGGACACAUGUACUUUGUUAUGGUACCUGUGCAUGUGAUUCCUGCUGUUAAUGAAUAUUGUAACAAUUUUGCAGCUGCUAUUGCCACUAAUGCAAUACUGCCACUUUAUCAAUAAUUUAAAUGCAACACAUUGACUAAUACAUACUGUUUUGUUAAGUCCACCCUUUAUUAAUAAUUUCAUGCAUAAUGGCAAUGCCUUGGGAAAAUGCAAUAAUAACAGUGCAAAUCUGCUGCUUCAAAAUGAUGCAAAUCUACAUUUUUAAAAUGUUAUAUGUAUCCAUUACAUCACUAUGUGUUACAUUCCGAAUUCGUUGUUGCAACUAAAUAUACAUUUAUUGCC